CCCCGUCAACUUUGGUGAAGGUGGAUAUUGACGGCCAAUUCCAUUUUGAGGAAAAAGAUUGCCUUUUGCCUCUAGAGACACCUGAUCAAAUUUGCAGCUGUGCCACUGAUACCAUUGUGGUGUCAGGAGGUAAAAAGGCUAUUCUCAUUGGAAUUGAUGGUCGCUACAAUGUCAGCUUGCCAACCUUCACAUGCUCAACAUGCCAUAUGAGCAGAACGACCAGCAUCCCACAACUGAUCAAGUCUGGUUACUGGCCUGCCACAGCAAGCUGUGAAACGCUGUAUAAAAUUGAUGUGUUUGUGUCAUAUGACCACAUGGAAUUGACUGCUCCUGGACUUUCUAGACAGUCCUUCAUCAGUUUAUUGGAACAGCGGACGGAGUUCUUUGGCCGAGAUGGAAAGAUCUGCACAGAUGCUUUUCAAAGAAGUUUUUUCGAAUGGAGAUACUGCCAGUUUGAAAUUGGUCAGCUCUGUGGACUGAAAGUGUUUGACUGUCCAGCCUGUUCUCCAUUUAUGCUUGCUGUGUCAGUAGAUGGUAACAGGAAAUUGUAUCGCUUCAAAAGAGGGGCUGAAGAUCAUGGUCUGUUCAAGGGUGUCUUUGUCUGUGAGGAUGAAGAUGUUUCCAAGUUCGUGGACUACAUUAAUAAGAAGACAAAGCACUCCGCUGGAAAAGGUGUCUGUGGAUCGAGUCAGUGGACUGCAGCACGGGAGUCCAUCCCAAAGAAAAUCAACAAGCUGGAUGAGGAGGGGAUGGAGGUGGCUGUCUGUCGGCAUGGUGUGCUGCUGAGAAGUCUGAACAUGAUGAGGGGGGAAAUAUUUGCAUAUCCUUUGUUUCUCCAAAAGGAGCUGACUCCAAGGAAUGUUCAGUUCAUGUGCACUGACGUAAUAUGCAAGUACUGGCCAUACCUGCAGAGAGUUGUUAAUGAUUGUCCAGAGCUUUCUCCUCUCCUGCACAUGAAGCCAUUCCUGUCAGUGAUGCAUGCAAAGGCCCACUCUUGGAAAUGUGAGAUUAAGUGGGGUGGCCGAAACCAAGAAGGAGCAGGCACCACCUUGGGUGAAGAGGUGGAACAAGUAAACAGCUUCUUGUCGAGAACUGCUAUAUGCAGUAAAUACAUGACCAAAGGAGCUAGGACAGACAUGAUUACUAUCCAGGCCAUGGCAUGGAAUCAACGCAAAAUUGACAACCUUGCAAACAUGCUGUCCCAAAGAUUAAUAAAGACAAAAGCACAAAUUCAGGAGGAGUCCCUAAACCUUGAUGCACUAAAGACAGAGUUUGAAGUAACCGAUGACACGCUUAAAGACUGGACCAGUGAAAUCCAGCAGUGGGCUGACACAGAUGGAAACAAAAGAAGACACAAACUCCGUAGAAAAUUUUUGGAGGAAAAGGCCAAAUUUAGUGCAGCUGUAGAUGAGUACAACAGGCAAGCACCUGAAAAGCUGCAGUCAGCUGACACAGUUCUGGCAUCUGAGAGCUAUGCAUGGCCAUGGGUACUGGAUGAGCGUGAUAAUCUUGUCACCAAAAAAAGGGCCUUUGACCAACUGAUACUGCUGAAGCGCCUUACCGAAGAGGAGUGCAUUGUCCUGAAUGAAAUCAGGAAUCACUGGAAAAGCCUCAAAAAGGAUCUAUCUCUUCUAAAUGACCUUUCAUGUCAUGUUGCUGUUGAUAUAAAAAAGAACAAACAGGACUCUGGACUUUCCAAAAGUGGAAUUCUGGGACUUCACGCUCUACUACAGAAAAAACUAUGCUACCUAAAAAGUCACAUCUCCUCGGUUCAGCAACUGUAUGGUAGUGUCCUAGACAAUUGUGAGGUGUGUGAGAAACUGCAAGAUGAUGAUUACCUUGACAUGGAUGAGGAUUAUAUCCAGUAUGGUUCAGAGGAUGAGGAGGAGGAUGAAGAUGAAGUUUCAUUUGAAAUUUAAAAACUUUGUAAAUCAUUACUGUGGAAAAACUGAGCAACAUACACUAAUUUAUGAUACUCAUUUAAUUUCCAUUAAAUCUUAGCUGUCUAUAUUACUUGAUAAAACUUGUGUAAAUGUGUAAUCCUACUGUUAAAUUUCAUAAUUUACAUGGUAAAAAUUACACUGUAAAACAUUACUUGCACUCACUAUUAUUUAUUGUAAAAUAGCUUCUUGAUGUAACAAACCUGUAAUAUUCAUGACUAUCUGUACAUUGUUUUACCAAAAUGUACCAAAUUCAUAACAAAUUCAGACAGAGAACCUGCCAACCAAUUUUAUUGUUUUCAGUAUGAGUGUGCUGCAGAUUUUAUGUAAUGGGGUAGAUGUUUGAAAAUGCAUGUACUGUAUGUGUUUGCAGUGACCUGUCCAAUAAAUGUGCUAAACUGCU